CUCUGGUCAUCUCCUGUACUGUGUCCGCAGUCUCUGGUCAUCUCCUGUACUGUGUCUGCAGUCUCUGGUCAUCUCCUGUACUGUGUCCGCAGUCUCUGGUCAUCUCCUGUAUUAUGUCCGCAGUCUCUGGUCAUCCCCUGUACUGUGUCCGCAGUCUCUGGUCAUCUCCUGUACUGUGUCCGCAGUCUCUGGUCAUCUCCUGUACUGUCCGCAGUCUCUUGGUCAUCUCCUGUACUAUGUCCGCAGUCUCUGGUCAUCUCCUGUACUGUCCGCAGUCUCUGGUCAUCUCCUGUACUAUGCCCGCAGUCUCUGGUCAUCUCCUGUACUGUGUCUGCAGUCCAUUGGUUCAGAAUAUUUUUUUUCUUGUUUUUCUCCUCU